UGCCCGGCGGAGACCCCGGGCGCGGCCAUGGCGGCGCGGCGGCCAGUGCGCGUGCUGGUGGACAUGGACGGCGUGCUGGCCGACUUCGAAUCUGGCCUCCUGCAGGGCUUCCGCCGCCGCUUCCCCGGGGACCCGCACGUGCCGCUGGAGCAGCGCCGCGGCUUCCUCGCCAGCGAGCAGUACCGAGCCCUGCGGCCGGACCUGGCGGACAAACUGGCCAGUGUGUAUGAAGCUCCAGGCUUCUUUCUAAACUUGGAGCCCAUCCCUGGGGCCGUGGACGCUCUUCGAGAGAUGAACGACAUGGAAGACACCGAGGUCUUCAUCUGCACCAGCCCACUGCGGAAGUACGACCACUGUGUGGGCGAGAAGUACCGCUGGGUGGAGCAGAACCUGGGGCCUCAGUUUGUGGAGCGGAUUAUCCUGACUAGGGACAAGACAGUGGUCAUGGGAGACCUGCUCAUUGAUGACAAAGACACCAUUCAAGGCCUGGAGGAGACCCCAAGCUGGGAGCACAUCUUGUUCACCUGCUACCACAAUCAGCACCUGGCCCUGCCCCCCACCAGGAGGCGGCUGCUUUCCUGGAGUGACAACUGGAGGGGGAUUAUAGACAGCAAGCGAGCCGGCCUGUGAAAGACCCUGAGGCAGGGGCCACUGUAGCAGACUCCGCCAUAUGGCCCUUCCCCAAGAUGGCUACACACAGGAGGAGCGGGGCUGGCACAGAAAUACAGUGGGAACUCAGGAGGACUUUAAUAAAAAUAGCUAAAAGCAA